AUGCGAUUGGAAUAUGCGGUUGAUACGAAGAAAGCAAUGGAACAAUGGAACAAAUUGAAAGAAACGAUCGAAGACUGUGGAGGGACAGUUGAGAUCAUGGAGCCAACAGAGGCUGCGAAAGACUUGCCAGACCUCGUAUUCACCGCGAAUUCUGCAAUCAUCAGAGGCAAACAAGUGUAUAUAGCGAAUUUUCUUCAUCCACAACGGAAGCCAGAGUCAAAAAUUAAUGAACAAUGGUUUCGAAACAAUGGAUACUAUACUUACUUUAAUUCAAGGGUUCCACACGAGGGGGCCGGAGAUGCGUUGUGGUGCAGGAAUGGCAAGGUGCUCAUCUGCGGAGUCGGGCCGAGGUCGGAUAUCGGUGCUAUCAUGCACAUUCGCAAGACACUGUGCAUGAGUGACGACCAUUUCUUGGUAAUCGUUGUGAAAUUGGUGGAUAAUCGAUUUUAUCACCUGGACACGUGUUUUUGCCCUCUCGACGACAAGUUGGCUUUGUGGUACCCACCAGCUUUUGACCUAAUCGGUCAACACAAUUUGGCCAAUUUCACGGAGCUUAUACCGGUACAGGAGUGGGAGGCGGAGAAUUUUGCAUGUAACGCUGUAGUCGUCGGUAAUAACGUCAUUAUGAAUGAAGGAAGUGACAGGGUAGCUAGGAUGCUUGAGCAAUACGGCUUCAAAACACACUUCGUUCCGAUGUCCGAAUUCAUUAAAUCUGGUGGAUCUGCGAAGUGCCUCACGCUAAGACUAAACUAG